AUGGCCUUGGCUGUUUCGAGCGUUUAUGCCCUGCCACAGGCUACUGAAGGACCCGUCUGCCUGCGUUUGUGCAGAGAUGAGCCACUCACUACUUGCCCAUCUGGGUGGGAAACGGCCCAGAUUGAAUCGGAUGGUCGGGUGCGUACAAUAUCUACUGCAGAAUCGCUUUCUGUUAUGUGA